GCGGCGCGCGGCGACGGGACGGCGCUCCCGCUGUCGUCGUGGCCGCAGGGUGGCGCGGACGGAGCGUUCGUCAGGGCCGGCGGGGAGGAGGAGGAGGUGCUGAAGGUCUGCGUGGAGGAGGACGACGACGACGAGGACGACGAGGAGGAGCGGCGGCGCGGUGGCGGAGCGCUGCGGGCGGUGCUGGAGGAGGACGAGGAGGAGGACGAGGAGGGCGGCGACGCCGCGCUGCCGCCCGGCGGCGCCCCGGCGGUGCUGUACAUCAAGCAGGAGAGCUCCGAGCCCGGCGGCGCCGGCGGCGGCGGCUUCGCGGACGCUUACGGCGGCGGGCUGAGCGCGGCCGAGGUUUCGUACGCCGUGCCGCAGCCCGCCUGGAAGCCGGUGGACCUGCACGGCAACGAGAUCCUGGCGCAGGCGGCGCACGGGCGGGCGCUGCACGCGCCGGUGAAGAUCUGCGCCGCGCCGGACGGGAAGCGCUUCGGCUGUCUGUGCGGGAAGCGCUUCGCCGUGAAGCCCAAACGGGACCGGCACAUCAUGCUGACCUUCAGCCUGCGGCCCUUCGCCUGCUCCGCCUGCCACAAGCGCUUCAAGCUGAAGCACCACCUGACGGAGCACAUGAAGACGCACGACGGGGCGGCCCGAGCCUGCGAGCGCUGCGGCAGAUCCUUCCGGCUGCGCAGCGGGCUGGCCAAGCAUCGCGGGCAGUGCCAGGGCAAGCGCUGGGCUGCGGCCUGCUGGGCCUGCGAGUGAGGGGGGCUGGACGUGGGGAGGGGGCUGCGGGGGGGAUGUAGGG